AUGAGACACAACCCGCUGCCGAUAACGUUGGUCCUCGUGUUCGCGGUAACGUGGCUCUGCGUUACCGGUGACAAGGUUACCUUCCAGGAUGAUGUCGGCGAGCGAGCGCCAAGAAUCGUUCCAGGCAUCCAACUGUCGAUCGACGAAGCGCCACCGGGUUCAGAGGCCAGGCAGAGGUCGAACCAAAGUCGUCAGGGCAAGGACCUGCUGGACUGGAUCGGACUGGGCACCGGCCAACACGUGGACCCCUACUUGGCCAGAACAAACGAAGCCUGCCUGAACGGCGACUUUGCCGAGUGCUUCAAGUCCCGAGCUUUGGGCACAUUUGCCGAUUUCUUCGAUCGGCAAAAAUACGACUUGAACGAUAACGUGAAGAUCGUGAGGAUGCCCAGUGAGGUCGUCGAGGCUGUGAGCAGACAGUCUUACGAGUUUACGACUUCGGCGAGAUCCGAUGAAUCGGAAUGGGAUCAGUUGGUGAAGUUCGUCAUGAGAAAAACGGAGAAAUUCAUCAAAACUACAGCCAUUGAAGUUGACGUACCUGCCUGGUUGACAGGCGAAAACGAAGUAUACGCACCUAGAUUCAUAGAUGAAAUUGCCGACGAAAUCGAUACACUGGAGAACAAAAAAGACACGUUAUUUUCGAGAAAUCGGUUGAAGAGGAUAUUCAUCCCCAUGCUGAUAAUACUCAAGCUGUUUAAGCUCAAGCUCCUAUUGUUCCUACCGCUCAUCCUGGGCCUGGCGUCCUUCAAAAAGUUCCUGGGCUUCAUAGCUAUAGUGAUCCCGGGACUGAUCGGUUUUUUCAAGCUCUGCAAGCCGCUGACCCAAUCCUACACGCCACCUGUUUAUUCACCAAGUGGAAUCGGCUUUCCACCCGGUCAUUUCAAGGAAAAUCACGGAUACAACGAUCACGACUCGUAUCAUCCGGCAGGAUACUCGAGUUAUCAGGACUCGAAUUACCAGGGUAGCGAUAACGUCAAUUAUGCCCACGAUUUGGCGUACCAGGGCUAUCGAGAUUACCAAAAGUAACGUAGAGUCUAAGAAUAAACCAGAUAAAUCCAAAAUUGUGACUAGAUUUUGAAAAUUGAACUUAUACUGGAUAUCAGCAUAAAA